AUGGAGCCAAAGCGCUUCCGCGGCUCCUUCACCUCUGCCGCCACCGUCCUUCGCGGCGCGUCCUCCGUCAUGCUCGACGACCUGGAUGGCGACGAGGAGGCGACGCAGCCUGCUGCCGCCGCAUCCGCGGACGGUGAAGGCACGCAGCCGAUGGCAAACGCCGCAGGACUUCCCGACGCGGCGUUUGUCGAGCGGACGCUUUCCCUGCGGCUCGUCGCCGUGGGCCUCAAGUUUCACAACAUCGCGGCGGCACGAGCUCUGAUGCAUGCGGGCGCUUCGCUGGAGCUGCGGCGCGAGCCGGCCAAUCACGUCGAUUCGCUCGCGGUUCGCGUUGUGGCGCAUGCCGUCUCGCAGCAUGCGUCGCGGCGUGCGUCGCACGGGGUGGACGAGAACCUGGAGGUGGAUAUCGGCUACCUCAAGUGGAACCAGGCGGCUUCCCUCUCGCCGUGCCUCGACUCGGGCUGCGCAGAGAUACUAUCCGCCGCCGCCGCCACAAGCGAGGACAGCGGCAGCAGCACCGACAAGGGCGGCGAAACGGCCGACGCGGUGGACGAGUCUCCCGACCCGGAGGCCGACGCCGAGCCGCUCGAGAUCGACGCCGAGCCAGCGGCCCCUGCGAGGGUCCUCGGCUCGAGCGCGCUGGUGCUCCGCGCGGAGUGUGUCGUGCGGUCCGAGGCGGCCGCGGAGGCGCUGUCGUACCUGGUGGCGGCGGCAGACGGCCACGGGCGGCGAGUGAUCUCGGUGCCGGCAGGCGGGGUCUCGGAGACUCGCGCGGAGAGUGACCUCGAGCUCUCGCGCCUCUCGGGCUUGCGAAGCUGGCCGCCGGAGCGGAGCGGGUUAUCUGCGCUCUCGCUUGGAUGGCAGCCGCUGCCGGCGCCUGCCGAGCAGCAAGCUGAGCAGCGAGAGGCGGCGCAGGAAGCGGCGAGGGAGGCGAGGAGGGCGCAGGCACUGCCACCGCCAUCGAGGCCGGCACCGUCACCGUCGUGGGCGGCCUACGACCCGCAAGCGGUGGGCCCGGUCUCUCGCUCUGAGGCCGACGCGGCCGCGCGACGAGGGUGGCCGCCCGCCGACGGGACGCUCGCCCGGCUCGGUCUCGGGCCUGCCGACGACGCCGAGUGGUGGGGGAGGCACCGGAUGUUGCCGCCGAGCGCCUGGCAGGUCAAGGGCGCCGUCGACAUGCUGCCGCUCUCGAGACAGCCUCAGCGGUCGAACGUGGCGUCGGCGGCGGCGAUGCUCGACGGCCAGAUCCACGCCCUCUGGCCGUGGACCGCCGAGAUGCUGGCCGAGCUCGGCGCGGCGAUGCGCGGCGACCGCUUCUGGUGCGCGCGCAAGGGCGACGCCUUCAUCCGCGGCUUUGGCGGCCCGUACGUGCUCGGCCAAAAGCCGGGCGACUUCAAGGUGAUCAACGGCGCGGAGCACACGCCGCUGAGUUCAGCGCUGUGCGUGGGGCACACGAUGAUGUACACCGCAAUCCACCUCAAGCCACCGCCCGCGCCCUUCAACACGAUCGUGUUCGGCCUUAACCUUCGCGGCGGCGGCUUUCACUACCACCAAGACGCCGACAUGGGCUACAAGCAUGGCCCGCGCGAGAGUGCGCCCAAGAAUGCGCCGCUGGAGGUCGUGCUCUGGAAGCCGAUGGACAACUGGCACUCCGAGUAUGGGGCGCGCUUCUCCGCCGAGGCCGCGCGCGGCACGUACGACGCCCCGCGAGGGCUUCAGACCUCGCACGGUGUCGUGCACGUCCAGCGGGCGGGCCUGCAGCGGCGGGUGGUGCAUGGCGUAUUCCACUCUCCGGGGUCUGCCGUGCGCACCGGCUGGCGCGUCGCGAUCACGGCGCGGGUCACGCACCCAGAUGCGGAGGACCGGAUGCGAGAGUAUCACGAGGAGGGCGCGUACUGCAAGCAUAUCGGGCCAGCGGGCGCGUGGAGUCUGGAGGGCGCCAUGGCCGACCUCGCCGUGUCGCCAUGA